CCCCCACACCCUCACGCCCAAAAUGAUGCGCUCAACCUCGGCCCUCCGCGCCCUCCCGCGCAUGCCCCUCGCCCGCGGCCUCUCCUCCACCGCUAGCUCUUCCUUUGCUCAGCCCGCCGAGGCCUCCAAGCCCGCCGCCGUCAAGAGCUUCAAGAUCUACCGCUGGAACCCAGACACCCCGGCUGAGAAGCCCAAGAUGCAGGAGUACAAGGUCGACCUGAACCAGUGCGGGCCAAUGAUGCUUGAUGCCCUCAUCAAGAUCAAGAACGAGAUGGACCCCACCCUCACCUUCCGCCGCUCUUGCCGCGAGGGUAUUUGUGGCUCGUGUGCCAUGAACAUUGACGGUGUCAACACCCUCGCCUGCCUGUGCCGUAUUGACAAGGACACGGCCAAGCCCGCAAAGGUCUACCCCCUCCCUCACAUGUACGUGGUCAAGGACCUCGUCCCAGACCUCACCCUCUUCUACAAGCAGUACAAGAGCAUUGAGCCCUACCUCAAGAACGACAACCCUCCGACCAAGGAGUUCUACCAGAGCCAGGAGGACCGCAAGAAGCUCGACGGUAUGUACGAGUGCAUUCUCUGCGCAUGCUGCUCCACUUCCUGCCCAUCCUACUGGUGGAACCAGGACCAGUACCUCGGCCCCGCCGUCCUCAUGCAGGCCUACCGCUGGAUCGCCGACUCGCGUGACGCCUACACCGACGAGCGCAUGGACCGUCUCCAGAACAACAUGUCUCUGUACCGCUGCCACACCAUCAUGAACUGCUCCCGGACGUGCCCUAAGGGCCUCAACCCCGGCCGUGCUAUUGCCCUCAUGAAGUUGGAGAUGGCGACCGGUGCCCCCGUCAAGCACCAGGGCGUCUAAUCGAGGCAGCCUGUAUUGGAGAGUGUGGUUGAUGUCUCAGCAGUCCCGCGAAAGCGGUUUGUAUGCAUUAAACUGGAUACGCAUGGCAACAGAG